AUGGAAGAGCAACCAAAAGAAAAGGCUCAACUUGUUGAGGCACCCAAACAGGGAGACGCUGCAGCUGGCCCAGAGCAGACCACGCCGAAGAGCCAGAGUAACUUUGGGAAGAAUCAAAUGACCAAGAGAUUGCAGCCGACUUUAAACUGGAGGGCCACUGUUGAUGUCAAAGGAAAGGGAAUCAAAGACACCCAAGAGGAAAAACAUGGAGGAAGACUUGAAAAGCCCAGGGCUUCUCUGACCCCUGGAAGAGCACAGCUGCCUCGGAAGAGUCUUGAUAAGAGUGAGGAGAUUCUUAGCGAGAGCUCCUCAGAGAGUGAGGAAGAGGAGGAGCCGGCUGACCUUCGUCAGGAAGCCAAUGUGGAUUCACCGUCGGAAUAUUGGCAAAUCCAGAAGCUGGUGAAAUAUCUAAAGGGGGGAAAUCAGACAACUACGGUGAUCGUGCUAUCCUCGAUGCGGGAUUUCAACCUAUCCCAGGAGACCUGCCAGCUGGCCAUCAGAGAUGUGGGAGGCCUCGAGGUGUUAAUAAACUUACUGGACACAGAUGAAAUCAAGUGUAAGAUUGGCUCAUUAAAAAUCCUGAAGGAAAUCAGUCAUAAUCCUCAAAUCAGACGUAAUAUCGUUGACCUUGGGGGCUUACCAGUUAUGGUUAAUAUCCUCGAUUCUCCGCACAAGAUUCUAAGAUGUCUGGCAGCUGAGACCAUUGCGAACAUUGCCAAGUUCAGGCGAGCCCGGCGGGUGGUGAGACAGCAUGAAGGCAUCACCAAGCUGGUUGCUCUCCUGGACUGUGCUCAGACUGCAGCAGAGCCUCCUCAGUCCAGUCUGUACGAGACCCGAGAGGUGGAAGUGGCUCGUUGCGGGGCGCUGGCACUGUGGAGCUGCAGUAAGAGCUAUGCCAACAAAGAAGCCAUUCGCAAAGCCGGGGGCAUUCCCUUGUUGGCCCAGCUCCUGAAGACGUCACAUGAAAACAUGCUCAUUCCAGUGGUGGGAACAUUGCAGGAAUGUGCAUCAGAGGAACACUACCGAGCAGCCAUCAAAGCUGAAAGGAUCAUUGAGAAUCUAGUGAAGAACCUGAACAGUGAGAACGAGCAACUGCAGGAGCACUGCGCCAUGGCCAUCUACCAGUGUGCUGAGGACGAAGACACCCGUGAACUGGUUCGACUGCAUGGAGGACUGAAGCCUCUGGCCAGCCUGCUCAGCAAGACUGACAACAAGGAACGGCUGGCUGCUGUCACGGGGGCAAUAUGGAAGUGCUCCAUCAGCAAGGAAAAUGUGGCCAAGUUUCGGGAGUAUAAAGCCAUUGAGACUUUGGUGGGACUUCUGACGAACCAGCCUGAGGAAGUGCUUAUCAACGUGGUGGGAGCCCUGGGGGAAUGCUGCCAGGAGCACGAGAACCGCGUCAUCGUCCGCAGGUGUGGUGGCAUUCAGCCGCUGGUGAACCUCCUCGUUGGGAUAAACCAGGCUCUUCUCGUGAAUGUCACCAAAGCAGUUGGCGCCUGCGCAGUCGAGCCCGAGAGUAUGGCAAUAAUUGAUCGCUUAGAUGGAGUCCGCUUGUUGUGGUCCCUGCUGAAAAAUCCUCACGCGGAUGUGAAGGCCAGUGCAGCGUGGGCCCUCUGUCCAUGCAUCCAGAACGCUAAGGAUGCUGGAGAAAUGGUUCGGUCCUUUGUCGGUGGUUUGGAACUCAUCGUCAGCUUGCUCAAGUCAGAUAACCAGGAAGUUCUGGCGAGUGUAUGUGCUGCUAUUACCAACAUAGCCAAAGACCAGGAAAAUCUCGCCGUCAUCACAGAUCAUGGGGUCGUCCCUUUACUGUCCAAACUGACCAACACAAGCAACGAUAAGUUGAGGCGGCACCUGGCAGAAGUCAUUGCACGUUGCUGCAUGUGGGGCAGGAAUAGAGUGGCCUUUGGCGAAUACAGAGCAGUAGCCCCCCUUGUGCGGUACCUGAAGUCCAACGACACCAAUGUGCACCGAGCCACUGCUCAGGCCUUGUACCAGCUCUCAGAAGACAUCAAUAACUGCAUCACCAUGCACGAGAAUGCUGCGGUGAAGCUGCUGUUGGACAUGAUAGGUUCUCCUGACCAGGACCUCCAGGAGGCUGCAGCCGGUUGCAUCUCCAACAUCCGCAGGCUGGCUCUGGCCACAGAUAAGGUGAGGUACACUUGAAACACAGAGGGACCGAGCCAGCGAAUUGUACAACACGUGG